CAAGCUCUUCUGGUUUUGUGAUCUGAAAUCCCUUAAUGUAUUCACAGUGAUUUCCAUUUCGAGUCUCAAAUUGUUUUCAUGAAUCUGAUUUUGCGUCGUAAGAGAAUCGAUCGUCGUCAACAAUGUCGUUCUCCUCGAGUAUCGGAGAUUCUGCAGAGCUGGAGGGCAAUCUCACCCUCGGCGACCGCCUUAAGGUCUUCAAGAGUUCCAACUUUGAUCCAAACGCCUAUUUCACCUCCAAAUGCCAGACCAUGAACGAGAAGGAGAUAAGGCACUUGUGCUCAUACCUUGUUGAGCUAAAAAAGGCCUCCGCCGAGGAGAUGCGCAAAAGUGUUUAUGCUAAUUAUUCAGCCUUCAUCCGCACAUCCAAGGAGAUUUCAGCCCUUGAGGGGCAGCUUCUUUCAAUGAGAAACCUUCUAUCAACACAAGCAGCUUUGAUUCAUGGUUUAGCUGAAGGCGCAAUCAGUGAUGCCUUGUGCGCUCGUGCUGAUGAUUCAACAGAAAAGGACACCUCCAAAGCUGAGAAUAGGCAACUUUCCAAGAUAGAAGAUUGGUUAACAAAUUUCUUGGAGACCCUUGAAGUUCUAUUGGCUGAAAGGAGAGUUGAUGAAGCUUUGGCUGCCCUGGAACAAGGAGAAAGUGUAGCCAAUGAAGCUAAUGACAGACAUGCAUUGACUCCAACAGCACUCAUCUCAUUGAAGAACGCCAUUACAGAACAGAGACAAAAACUAGCUGAUCAGCUUGCAGAGACCACUCGCCAACCUUCUACACGUGGUGUUGAGCUUCGUUCAGCUGUCCUAGCUCUGAAAAAACUUGGGGAUGGUCCCCGUGCCCAUACAUUGCUACUCAGUUCUCACCAUCAGAAGUUACAGUCCAGCAUGCAGAAUCUUCGUGCAUCAAGUGCUUCAUAUAGAGGAGCAUAUGCUGCUGCACUUUCUCAGCUUGUUUUUUCAACCAUUGCACAAGCAGCAAGUGAUUCCUUAGCAGUUUUCAGUGAUGAACCCGCAUAUUCCUCUGAGCUCGUAAGUUGGGCUGUCAAGCAAACUGAGGCUUUUGCCCUUCUUUUAAAGAGACAUGUUUUGGCUUCAUCGGCAGCUUCAGGAGAUAUGAGAGUUGCUGCGGAUUGCAUGGAAAUAUGCUUGGGCCACUGUUCUUUAUUAGAAGUUCGUGGAUUGGCCCUUUCUCCAGUCUUACUGAGACUUUUUCGGCUCAGCAUUGAGCAGGCAUUGAGUGCGAACUUAAAAAGAAUUGAACAGAGCAGUGCUGCUCUGGCAGCAGGAGAUGAUUGGUUGCUUCUGCAUCCACCAGUUGGUGCACGUCCAUUAUCUUCGGCUGCUUCUCUUGGCAGCACAAAUACAUCACAGCCAAAGCUUUCAGCCAGUGCUCACAAAUUUAAUUCAAUGGUUCAGGAAUUUCUUGAAGAUGUGGGACCCCUUGAGAGCCUUCAGUUGGACAGUCCUGCAUUGGAAGGCGUUCUACAAGUGUUCAACUCUUAUGUCAAUCUGUUAAUAAACGCACUACCUGGUUCACUAGAGAACGAGGAGAACUUGGAUGGCUCUAGCAUUAAAAUUGUUAAAAUGGCAGAAACUGAAGCCCAACAGAUAGCUUUGCUAGCUAAUGCAUCAUUGUUAGCCGAUGAGCUGCUACCAAGGGCUGCCAUGAAGCUUUUGCCAUUGUCACAGUCUAAUCGAAUGGAUGAUAACUCUAGAAGAGCUUCAGACAGGCAAAGCCGUCUUGUAGAGCAAAGGGAAUGGAAAAGGAGGCUUCAACGUUCGGUAGAUCGAUUGCGAGAUAGCUUCUGCAGACAACAUGCACUUGACCUAAUCUUCGCAGAAGAUGGUGAUGUCCGUCUCAAUCCUUAUAUCUACACAAGUAUGGAUGGAGGUGGAGAAGAGCCUGAAUGGUUUCCAUCUCCAGUUUUUCAGGAACUAUUUGCAAAACUAACUCGGAUGGCAAGCCUUGCGACAGAUAUGUUUGUGGGUAGGGAAAGAUUUGCAACAGUCCUACUAAUGAGACUUACAGAGACAGUGAUCCUGUGGCUUUCUAAUGAUCAAGGCUUUUGGGAAGAGAUAGAAGAGGGGCCAAAGCCUUUAGGACCUCUUGGCCUUCAACAGCUUUACUUGGAUAUGGAGUUUGUGUUGCUCUUCACAUCCCAAGGUCGUUAUUUGUCUAGAAAUUUACACACUGUCAUCAAAAACAUUAUAGGAAGAGCUAUUGAAGCAGUAUCCGCAACUGGAAUAGAUCCUUACAGUGUAUUGCCGGAUGAUGAAAAUUUUGCUGAAGUUGCACAGAUAGCAAUCAAGAUGCUUACAGGGAAAGCCAACUUUGGUACUAUGGAACGAGAUGUUACUAGCCCCACUGCAUCCCUAUCAGCCAAAUCUGUCUCGUCAGUCCACUCUCAUGGCAGUAACUAGAGUUUGCUCAUUAACUAUCCGAAGCAUGUCGCGGAACGGAAGGACCAGGUUUUUUUUGUCAAUGUUGAUGUUUUCUACCAUGUUACGUGAUUUGAAAGAUAGCCACAAUCGUCCACUCUCCAAUUAUCCAUUGAGAAGUGGCAUUCUCACUCCCCAUUUUAGUAAUCACACCCUCUAAUCAUUGGUUUGUAUUUUUUUAUAUUAUUUUAUGUUUGAUUUGAUAUUUAAUUCUGUUGAUUGGCGUGUGAUUUUACAUUAGAUUCACAUUCUCAUAAUUGGUUUUUCCACCCCCAACAAUUAAAUAAAGUAACUUAUUAUAUCACAUUAAGUAGAUUGGUGUGUACAUUUAAUGUAUGCUGCAAAUUGUUCACUGUACGGAGUGGCCCAUUCGUUUGUAGAAUCAUACCUAUAUCUAAACCAUUGAAUCAUAAUUUUGGAAGAAGCUUGAUUUAUUGCCUUGCGCCCUUCAAGAUCAUGAUGAUAUUAGUUGCAGCAUUGAGUUACAGAUGUUCACGAAACAGUUUGAACAAAAGUCCAGGACUGGUAUAUUGAACAUAUCAACUC